AUUAAUAAUAUGUACAAUCUCACUUUGCAGCCGCAAUCGAGGCCUGUGUGUGACCUUCGUGAGCCUGGCCCAAUUGGAAGAUUGGGCCUUGACGUCCUCCUGAGUGUCCAGUGCUAGGCUGGACAUCCGUUCUAGCUAGACUUCCCCAGACUUGCCUGCAAGAUCAGCUAUUGAGAACAACGGAUGAUAAACUACAACACUGUUGAUACUGUUCAAAGCUAGAAUGUGGACCGAAUGUCCCCGUCUACGUAUCUUCUCUGUCAACGUCAAACGUCGAGUUGGCUCUGUGUUGACAUCUCCGCCUCUACAUCAUAAACAAACAAUGACGACUCAGACAAUGGAGUCGAGUUUGUUCUCUAGUGAGAAUUCUCCAAACUGAAAACAUUUGCCGAUAAUAUCUGGUCUUCCUUCAUAUAUGUUUGAUUCACCAAAGUUCAAACACUCAAACCAUGAAGACAUCAGUUCUCUCUGUCAUCGCCCUCGGUGGCCUAUUCAAUACUGCUUUUGCAAGCCCAGUACAUCCGCGAGAUAUGAGUGUGUGUAACGCCAUCUCGCAGCGGCAAUGCUGCGACGUGGGCGUUGAUGGCAUUAUAAACCUUACUUGUGCAGCACCCUCUCGAACACCAACCGACAUGAAGGAUUUCUCCGAAUUAUGCUCCGAAAAUGGGCAACAAGCAGCCUGCUGUGUUCUCCCAUUUGUUAGUAUAUUGCGUCCAACCUUUGAAGGACGACGAGCUAACUGUCUUCAUAGCUUAGGGAUGGACUUGUGUGCGGGAAACCAUAGGCGAGAUCAAGCUCGCUCUCUGAGACGAUAG